GGUUCUUCUGGGCGUCUCCUAUACCUAUUAAUUCCAAUUAUAUAGCCCCUAAAUAGAUAUGAUCGCGGAGUUGCAUUGCAUUUCCCUAACCUAGGUGAUACCUAUUAUUCUCAACUCAUCCCCGACCAACGACCAACUAUCAUAGUCAUUCUCAACUAGAGGCAUCUGCCUACACGUGAAAAAUCAUCUAUAAUUUCCACAAUGAUUAAAUAACUCAUUAAACCCUUCCUGAUGACGUUUAUCGCAUCAUUCUCGGAUAAUCCCUGCCUGUAACGUGAAAAGCACUGACAAUUUCCACACCGCUAAAAAAGCGAUAUGUGACCAUUCACAAGCAUAAGUGAGCUAAAAAUUCCUCAACAACAACUCCACAUUGUUUAACAGUUAAAUUAUCCAACAAGUUGUCAACUCUUGGUCGUACAUACACUACCUGCUGAAGAAUCCCAUUAGUCUAGAAUCUCUUAUCAUGGAUCUACCACCAGCACCCAACGGGCUCUGGAACCGAUGGAACCUCGGUCUUCAUUGGGGCACGUGCUCCGGGCCAAACUGCCACGUCCGUGAAAACCUGCUAAGAUGCGGUGCCUGCAGAGCCGUCCUCUACUGCGGUGCCGCCCACCAGCGGGCCCAUCGGCCGGUGCACAAGUCGUCCUGCAACUUGAUCAAGACGGCACGCGCCAAGCUCGCCGAAGAAGAAGCUACCCUACGCGCUCAUCCCGGUGACGAGUUCAUGGAAGCUAAUCCGUUCGAGACGACGCGGGGCAUGUUCUGGCCUCAUCUGCCUGCGCGGCCAUAUAUGCAAGCGCGUUUCGAGCUCAUCUCCACCCUGUUGAAUAUCAAAACCGGAACGGCCGUCGAGGAGGCGCUCGAACACAGCUUGGAAAUGCUGCAGUUGAACCGGCGUGAUAACCAGAGCAUCCGUAGCCAUGUGCCCGCUCUGUACCUCCGUCUAGGCAGAGAACAGGAAGCCUACGAUUUCAUAAAGUGGCACGCAACCAUCGGCGGGGCGGAUGACUACGACUGGGGCGAUAUGGAGAACCCGUUCCUGAACCUGCACGAUGAGGACGUAUUCGAGCCCGUUACCGAUACAAAGGAGCUUUUGGACUUGGGCAUGCUCGCCUCCCUAACCAACCUCAAGCUGCGCCUCAACUUGGAUAUCCAAUCACUAGAGAAGCAGUUCAAUAAACCCGGAAAACGUAACGCUACCUAUGACGAGAAGAUGGAGUGGAUUCGUGAGCACGCUAUAUGCGAUAUCCUCUACAAGCGUCGGGAUAUUGUCGAGCGUUCCGAAUGGACAGAUAUUCUGAAAAGCCUGCAAGAACAGUGUGAGGUGAUGUUUGACGUCGUCGAUGAACGUAAUAAGCAUUACUGGCCGGCUUUACGAUCACCGGAGCGUUAUGCUGCGGCUAUGCCUGUGCCAUAUGCGAUGGGGUCCCCGCAAGAGAUCAAUUGGGUAUUCAGAAAUACGUGGUAUUCGUGGGCUGAAUGUCCUCCUGUUCUCGAAAUAGUCAAGUCGUGGCACGCUGCAGGAAAGGGAAGAAAUCGCAGGUCGUCCUAGAAUGCCGAGGAUCAAAAAUGGUGGAGAUUUGGUAUCCCUUAAGGUAGCUAGAAUUAGUACCUCUUAUCUGAAAAGAAUAUAUAUAUAUAUGAUAGGAUAACAUAAUCGACUACAAUGAUGGAAUCAUGACGAUUAGUGGGAUGG